CCAAACAAUCAUAACAUGAAAGUGACAGUUUAUUUUGAUGCACUUUAGCAAGCAGUACUUGACGAUAAAUUCUAGAACCAUUAACAGCUUGUGUGUUAUUUUUCUAAUCUGUUACAAAUAUUACGAUGGAUGACUUCGACAUAUACGGCGAUCUCGAAUACAUUCAAUCAGAAGCCAAAAACGAAAGCCAAGAACAUCUUGCGUUGCAAUGCAGAAUAAAAGAAUUGCAGGAUAAGUUAUGCGCAGUUGAACAAGAGAAAAAUGAUAUCAUAAAAAAGAAUGAUAUUCUACUUGAAAACGUAUCUUCUCUCCUUUUGACCGCCAAAGCCGAACUAAAGAGAAAGGAUGCAGUAAUAGGUGACUUACGAAAGCAAUGUGAUAAUGUGGUUUUCAGGCGUGGAAAUCAUAUUGGAAAAGGUAAAAAAUGCGCUUCCAAGUUCACUCAAACAGCUGUAAAGCUUUUAGUGCAUUCUGGAAUUCAAACAGUCCCAGUGGAGGAAACCGCCCAUCCAGUUUGGAGCAAGAGUUGGCCUGAUAACGGCGCGAAAUCAGAACAAUACCAAAAGAAUGAUCGUAAAAAAAACGAAGCACCCAGACAAAUGCGUGAUCAUGAUGAAGUUGAUACCAGAGGUGUUCGGCAACGUGAUAAGGAGCGGAAAGGUUAUCAUGAUCGAUGUAAAAGUGAUAGAGAACAAACUCGAUAUAGAUGUCGUUCACAACACCGAACGAAAUCUCGUGAACAGAAUCGUUUGUGUGAAUAUUCCAGUUACGAACUAAGUCGCGAUAGAGAUGUGCAUGUUCGCAAGAAAAAUAUGAACGCAAUGAAAGAUUAUCCGUCACCUUAUUCAACCAGUUGUAUGCAUGAUACAGUAAUUUACCAGAAAAUGGCAAUGGAGGAACCCUUAGAUACAUUAUUUAACCACAAUCUUCGAGAAAUGGAUUACAGCGAAAAAGAGCGCGGUACAUUUGAUAAAAAAAAAAAAUUACCAGAAAGAACAGGAAACAAUGGCAACAAGGUUAGUCUAGUAUGCGACUAUAUCAAAGUGACUGCCGUUGAUUCUCAUACCAUCGUCGGACGCGAUUUAAAUACGUGCAUCAGUGACGAUAACAAAAAAGGAGAUUUGUGCGGUAUAAGUGCACCAGUGUCAUUUGUCAAUAAAACUAAUAAUGGCAAGAAAGUUUCUAAGGAUACUGAGUGCAUACGAGUGAAAACUGGUGACGUAAUAAAAAACAAGAAUGAAAUAAGAGCAGAUGGCACACAUUCAUCAACUGAAAAACGGAAAAAUUAUGAAAAAAGUUCAAAUAUAAAACCUAAUGUAUUUCAUAAUGUUACUACAAAAGUAAGUACUUCCAAUUAUGACGUAGGCUCCUGCAAUGCGAACAGUUUACUAGAAGAUACAACAUCUAGGAGAGAAGAUUGUGAUGAACAUUUGUGUGCUGUUAUGUAUGAAACUAGAGGAAAUUCUACUAAUUUUACUUCCAAAAGUGAAGGUGCUCGGGACGUAUGCGAAUUAAAGAGAAACUUGCAUAUAGAUAAGCCUUACGGUGGUGCUAUGUUAAACUACGGAGCCACGGAAAAACGUUCUAAAUUGUUAGAGACUAACAAAACUAGCGUAAUGUCAACUCCAAACAGCUGUAUAGGAGUAGCUAACGUAUUUCACAUGAAUAAGACUAAAGCUCAUUUGUCAUAUGAAACAAACGAAAUGAUCCGGAAUAUAAUGGGUCACUCAGAAAAUACAGACGUCCUGGAUGUAGCAAAGUCGCUUUGUAUGUACGGAACGUGUAAUGGCGACAAUAUUUUAAAAAAUGGAACAUUGUUUCAUCCCAUGAAUAAUUCAGAAAAACUACAGAAUAAAAACUACAUAAAUGAAAACUGUACAAAGAAUUGCCUAACCAGUGUGACCAGUGCCAUUGAAGCAAAUAGUUCACAUGAAAUUGUACACAUGACAUCGAGGGCGAAUGUAAUGAAUUCUAAUGUAACAUGUGAUACAGAGAAAUCAGGUUGCCUGGAUGAUAUAGACUCUAAAACAAUUGAAACAGGGAAUGACGAUGACCAUCAGAAAGAAGAUGACCAUAUAAAUGUUGUAACUGAAUUAAAUAAGCAGAUAAGAACAUCUAAAGUAACUUCCAACGCCGAAAGUGCUAAUAACGAGCUUGAUACGGACCUUUGCUUUGGUACGUCAGAGAUGUCGAUGCAUUCAGUUUUAGAGAAUCGGAAAAUAGAAUCAAUAGAUACUCAUCAAAAUCGUUCAGUUCUUAUUAAACGGAGCGAAAAAAAGGUAAACCAAAUAAAUACGACACUCGCACAUGUAACAUCGAGGAUGAACGAAACUAAUUUUCAUGUAGCGUUUAAGUCGGAAGACAAGACUUUCAAAGAAAUAGAAUCAAAUAUUGAAGAUAAAAUAGAGGAAAGUCGUGGCACAUGUAAAAUAUCAUCAAAUGAAUAUUACAAAUCUAAACAAGCUGCUGACGUUCACGCAUCUAUUAAAAAAAUGUCAAAGAAAACUCCAAAAAAUGUUGAAGUGAAAGUAAAGCAUUCAGUUACAGAAAAACAGGAAGAAUUGCCAGACAUAUGCAAAAACAGUUAUGCUGUAACGAAAAAGACAUCAAACGACUUAAAACUGUCAACACUCUCGUCUAUGGAUUGUAAUAAGUACGCAAUAUCGGUCGAUGUCAAAACCGCAAAGGAAACAAACCAGGAAUAUAUUAGUAAUAAUUUGGCUUGUAGGAGUGGAUUAGAGCUUCACCACGUUGCUAAAAAGGUUGAAUAUGCUAUGGAAGCGAUGAAUUCAAGUAUAGAUACAAAAAGCCACAAACACAGAUAUAUAUCGAAUUCAGAUGUAUUUUCGAACGAAAACAAUACACGCAUUCCACAUUCCUUACGUGCACGACGUGCAAAUAGUUGUUAUGUUGGACAGGAGAGUAGUGAAAAUCGACAGUCAGAAACAAUAACGAUCCAAACUUGUUUUGAUACCUUCGAUAUGAAUGGCUCAGUGCUAGAACAAACACUGUCUGAUACUUUCUACCCCAACGCUAACAUAACCAAGAGUUUGGGGAUAGUCACCGAAAAUAGCAGUUUAGGGUUGAAUGUAGUGGCAGAAGUCAAUCAUCAAAAAGUCAAUAAUGAAUCUCAAAAACUUGUUAAGAAUAAUUCUAAAAUUGCCAUUGAACAUGCGUGUGACAUGCGCGAAAGGUUACGGAAACGGCUUAAUAUAAAUUUGCCAAACACAGUUGUUCGUAGCGAAUUGAUUACAGUGGCCCAAUGUCCUAAACGAAGACUAUCUAUGGAAAGUGCUACUUCAUCAAGCAAAAAGCACAAAUCUGAUAUUGAUAUGCGUGCUAGUACAAAUAAGCUUCUAGCUUCACCAACUGGUGGCAAUCUUUCCUCGUCCUAUUUUUCCCAAAUCGCAUUACCGAUCACUUCUGCCUUAGACAGUAUUCCAAGCAAGUUACAAUCACCGAUAUUAAAACGAACAGAAGAAACUGCCAUUACACCAAUGGUUGUAGUGCAUUCUCCAGCCAAACCUUCGAAUCAAUUGACGCUUAACAAUAAUUUGGAUGUUUGCUAUUAUCCUUUAGAUGACUACUCAACGCUAGAGCAAAUUAUGGAUUCGCUGUUUCAAACACCCAUUAAGAAUGAGGACCAGAAUAAUGCUGUUGUGGCUCCGGGAUCAAAUAAUUUUGAUAUCAAUGAUAGCGCGCAAAACGUUGUACCUAAAGAAUGUGUUCAUUCUCAUAAUUUGAUGGCACAUUCGACGCCACUUAAUACUAAACCAUUGUCAAGGAUUGACAAGAAUGAUGGCACUGCCAACAAACUUAAGUUAAUGGACGAAAGAGUGCAACAAAUUCCAAUACCUUUAGCGUCAGACACGAUGGAUUGUGCAAUGAAAGAAAGAAAUGUGCAUACGAAACGGGUUGCGAACACAACAAGAUCAAGUGAGAAGUUAGCUGAACCUGGUACUGAGGAACCAGUUGGAACGUGUACUGACUGCUCAAAAAAGUGCACUGAUUUAAAAAACAAAACAAAAAACUAUUCAACAAAUCUUGGAAGUACGCUUUUAAAUCAUAACAAUACAUGUGAAACUUUGACUUCUAUGGCAACUGUUACCUUUAUCCAGCCAACGAUCAAUAGUUCAAAUUCGUCUAACAGGCCGUCUGAAGUGCAUAAUUUUUCCAUAGCUUCGUCAUCAAAAAGGUUUAAAGCGCCGGGAACCAUUCGUAUAAAUACGCUAUCAAAACAAACAAAUCUUAAGCUAAUGCAGGAAGGGGAUGCAAUGAAUAGCCAAACAAAAACGGAGUUACCGAAGAAGUCUCUAAACAUGUCAGCAUCAGAUGAAUCAGCAGAAUUACAAUUCGAUCAAAGUUCUUGUAAGCAUUUAAACAAUUCAAUGCCAUGGCAGGUUCCAGAAUCGCUGGACGAAAUGAAUGUUUGCAGAACGUAUAGACCGUCGUCUAGUAAAUGCCCGGACGACAGAACAAAACUUGACACAAAUUGUUCAGAUGAGAAAACAAGUAAAAAUCCUCGUAAAACUACUUGGAAGCAGACAAAUGUUGACGAGAAAAAAAAGACAGGCCAAAAAUGCAAAAAAGAAUCAAAACACAUAAAAGAUCUAAUAGAAACAUCAGAUAAUAUAAAUAAUAUGAACCAAAUAGAUGCUAACAAUAGAAAAGAACUUCAGAUUGCCAAGAGUGGUAAUGAAUCUGAAAUAGCUGUUAAUCGAAAUUUCAGAGAAAAAUGUGCAACGGCUAGCAUGCAAGAUAAAGACGAUAAAGAGAAAGUAGCUGUAAUGAAUGUAGUAGAUUCAGCAAAACCCAUAAAUAGUUUUAGUCAAAAUAUUUCACUAGCCGAUAAUGGUUUAAAUAAUUCGCUACAAAGCCCUCAGAAACGUGAAGCGGUUCCUGCGCCUGCUUCGGUGCGUUAUGUGCGGGAAAUGCGCAUAGUAAAAGAAAGUCCUUCAUUGAUGCGAGUUUUUAUAAGGAGAAAAUAAUCUUAAUCCGUAUUGCUGUAAUCGUAAUAAAGUUAAUUAUGUUCAUUUACAUUUCCAGAGUCCUGAGUAUAUUUUAAGAUUGUAGAUAUUGUUGAUGCUGAUCUAUAAAAUUAGCAACGGAAGUGCUGAUAAAUUCAACUUUAAAUACAGCUGGGACCUAUCUUCGAUUGAA